GUUUUUUAUCACGAAUGGACAUAAAUAAACUCAUUCUAUUUGAAAAUGAAAAGUUUAUUAUUGAUUACAGUUACAAUCUUUGUGUUUGCCGUCGAAACAUUCGGUCAUGACACAAAUAAAGUCGUUUGUUAUUAUGGAAGUUGGGCAAAAUACAGACAGGGUAAUGGUAAUUGUGAGGAAGAAACCAUUGAUCCAAAUCUUUGUACACACUUAAUUUAUACAUUCGUUGGAUUAAACGGGGAGGAUGGAUCAGUUAAAGUUUUAGAUGCUUGGGCUGAUUUACCGGCAUCAGAACCAGGCGGUGGCAGAGAUGGUUAUGGAAAGUUUAAUGCUUUGAAAAAAAUUAAUCCAGAAUUAAAAACAUUAAUUGCUAUUGGAGGCUGGAAUGAAGGUGAAACAGCUAAAUAUUCAAAUGUACUCAAUGAUCCAAAUUUACGUAGUAAUUUCGUUAAAAGUGCUUUGGAACUUGUAUUAAAAUAUGGAUUUGAUGGCUUCGAUGUGGACUGGGAGUAUCCAAAUCAACGGGGAUCAGAAGGAAAAGAAUCUGAUAAAGAAGCAUUUAUUGCAACACUUAAAGAACUACAUGAAGCUUUUCAACCGCAUGGUUUGUUAAUAUCUGCUGCUGUAGCAGCGGCAAAAACUUCAGCGAGCAAAUCAUAUAUUAUACCAGAAAUGAAUUCAUACUUGGAUUUGAUCAACUUAAUGGCAUACGAUUUACAUGGUGCCUGGGAAUCCCAUACUGGACUUAAUGCCCCAUUAUAUCCACGAGCCGAUGAAAGUGGAGAAGAUCGUGAAGUACUAAAUGUCGAAGCAUGUGUGAACUAUUGGUUAGAAAAUGGUGCUGAUCCAAAAAAACUUGUACUUGGGAUUCCAUUGUAUGGGCGGUCUUUCCAAUUGGUUGAUAAAAAUAAUUAUAAACCUGGUUCACCCUCAGUGGUUAACGGUCAAGGAUUGCAAGGGCCAUACACUAGAACAGCGGGUACACUUGGAUAUAAUGAGAUUCUGGAACUUAAUCAAAAUGAAUGGGAUCAUUAUUGGGAUGAUGAGGGUAAAGUUCCGUAUAUGGUGAGAGGUCAAGAUUGGGUUGGAUACGAUAACGAGAAAUCGGUUGGAUUAAAAGCACAAUACGCGAUUGAACGUGGAUUAGGUGGUGUUAUGGUAUGGAGUGUAGAAACUGAUGAUCUUACUGGAAUUUCCGGACAGAAAUUUGUUUUGCUAAAUUCAAUUAACAGUGUUUUACAUGGAGGAUCAGUGCCAACUACUUCGUCAACUACGACAGGUGUGCCCACAGACCCCUCGGAGACAACUGAAAAACCAUCAUCACCACCUACAGACCCUACAAAACCUACAGAAACAACUACUGAUAAACCUUCAACGCCACCUAGCACAGAUAUAUGCCAACAUGAGGGUUUUGUUCGUGAUAAGAACGAUUGUAGCGUAUUUUAUGAAUGCAUUAAGGAACAAAAUGGUGAAUUAAAAGCGACAAGGUUCCAAUGUGGUGCUGGCACUUAUUUCAAUGAAGAAGCUCUUGUUUGUGAUUAUAAGGAAAAUGUUAAAUGUAAUGUUUUAUUCUAGUAAGAAUUGUUGUUACGAAAAUAUACCUAUAAUGAAACAGCCAGCAAUUGCAAAGACAUUCGAAAUAUAGCCCCCCAAGUAAAGAGUUUGGACCGAUUAUAUAACGAAUUUUCCGAAAUUCUUUAUAUAAUCAGUCCAAACUUUGGGGUCGCUGAACACGAAUAUCUGAACAGAAUUGGUCUCCCUGGUUCGAGGUCUCCGAGGUACUUUGGGGACCCUGGGUACCCCAAGCACCAGGUACCAGGUGCUCGAUUUUGUUGCGUUAUUCGUGUUCAAUGACCCCAAAAACCUCUGAGUAACCAGUUUUUAAUCAUUUUCAUCACUUACUGUUCAAAUUUUUCGAACUUCGACUAAUUUUAUAGUGUUUCGUUUCCGCGACUACGGUAUAAUGAUAAAAUCAUAAAAAUAAAAACUAUACUUAAUGACCUAAUUAAUGCUAAAAUAAAAUUCUACUGGGAUUAUAUAUUUUAUUUCCUUAAAUUUAUGGUAACAUCGAAAGCAAUUAGAGACUACAAAUGUGUAUUUAAUCAAUGUAAAUCUUUUUCUAUUUCGAAUAAAGUCGAUUUAAUAAAGCCA